GGACAUAUAAAGUCAUCACUAUUCACUAAAACAUUCAAAUUGGAUCACUUUGACCUUUCGUAUAUUCAAUAAUUUAGGGCUGCAAACUUCAACCGAAUGAUAUACAAUUCACAAACUCACUCCACACACACAGAGGAAGAUGCUCAUGAUGAUGAAGAAACCAGAGUUUAUAUUCUUGCUAGCGUUCAAUUUCACCCUUCUCAUACAACUUACAGAUUCUGCUGUUCCAAUACAAGAAGUGGAAGGUGUUGAACAAAUAAUGACAUUAAUGGGUGCAACGAAUUGGAAGUUCAAUGGAAACUCUUGUCAACUUGAAAUGAUUGCUCAAGUGCCAAAGCCCCACCCUGAAGCUGAAGCCAAUGUCAAGUGUGACGUAGACUGCAACAACGGCAACUCCAGCGAAUGUCAUGUCGUAAGCAUCGUACAUAAAUAUUAUAGUCUAGGUGGUGUGCUUCCACCUCAACUCAUAAAGCUCCCUUAUCUUCAAACCAUCGAUUUUGCUUACAAUUACCUCGGUGGUACCAUACCGACUGAGUUGGGUUCUUCACAGUUGCAAUCAAUCUCUCUUCUUGGAAACCGCUUUUUUGGAAAAAUACCAGCGGAAUUGGGAAAUAUUACAACUUUGACAUAUUUGAACCUUGAAGCAAAUAACUUUUCGGGAACAGUUCCUUCUGAUUUGGGGAGAUUAAUAAAUUUACAAACAUUGAUUUUGUCCUCUAACCGGUUGACGGGAACGUUGCCAGCAUCCCUUGCUAAAUUGAGCAAUUUAAAAGAUUUCAGGAUAAGUGACAACAAUCUCAGUGGGUCCAUACCUAAUUUCAUAGAGAAUUGGAGACAACUCAAUAAACUAGAACUAAUUGGGACGGGGCUUUCGGGACCGAUUCCUUCAUCCAUUUCCCUUCUGAACUUAACUGACGUGAGAAUUUGUGAACUAAGUGGACCAACUCAGAGAUUUCCUCCGUUAGAUAAUGCUGUUGGUUUACUAACACUUGUAUUGAGAAACUGCAACAUUUCUGGUGAGAUACCUGCUUAUAUUUGGCAAAGACGCGAUCUUCAAUUAUUGGAUGUGAGCUUUAACAAGUUAACAGGGGGAAUAUCCCGUGACAUCAUUGGCAGGAGCUUGCGUUACGUGUUUUUGACUGGCAACAUGCUAAGUGGAGAUAUACCAGACACACUUUUGAUCGAAGGAGCUACCAUCGACUUAUCCUACAACAACUUUACUUUGCAAGGGCCUGAUCGACCUACAUGCCGACCCAACAUGAAUUACUUCCUUAACCUGUUUAAGAGUUCUUCAUCGGGAAACACAUUACAGGAUAUACUUCCAUGCACAAAGGAUGCCAAGUGUCCUAGAUAUGGAUGUUCCCUACAUGUCAACAGUGGGGGAAAUGAUUUGAAGGUUAAAGAAAGUAACAAAGACGUUGAUUACGAAGGAGACGCCUCGUUCGACGGUGGUGCCGGAAGUUUCCAUAGUGGUCGUAAUAACGAUUGGGGACUUAGCAGCACCGGGGACUUCCUUGACGACAAUAUUCAAACAAACCUUUAUGUAGCAUCUUUGCCGAAUGAUUCAACAAGCAAACUACCUUCUCUUUACACAACCGCACGUCUCUCUCCGCUCUCUCUUACUUACGUCAGCUAUUGCUUACGAAACGAUGAUUACGUUGUUAAUCUCCACUUCGCUGAAAUACAGUAUACUAACGAUACUACAUACAGAAGUCUUGGCAGGCGGAUAUUUGAUAUCUAUAUACAGGGAAAACUUGUUAAACGGGACUUUAAUAUUGAAAAUGAGGUCGGGAUAGGAAGACCUCUGGUAGUGCCCUUCAAUGCAAGUGUGAUUAAUAACGUAUUAGAGAUACGCUUUUACUGGGCUGGUAAAGGGACAGCACGUUUUCCCAAGAGAGGACGUUAUGGACCCCUCGUAUCGGCUAUCUCUGUCAACCCAUAUUCUAAAACCUGUUCAAAUCAUGGGGGGACAAACACAGUUGCUUAUGUUGGUUUUGCAAUUAUGGGGUUGUGUGUCGUGUUGAUAGUCUUGGCUUUCAUCUGGUGGAAAUGUUUUUUAAAAGGCAGAAAAAAGAAUGAUAACGAUUUUGAAGGGGUGGAACUGAAAACAGUAUCAUUCUCUUUCAAACAACUAAAAACCGCUACAAGAAACUUUAACGCUACAAGCAAAAUAGGGGAAGGCGGCUUUGGACCUGUUUACAAGGGUACAUUACGUGAUGGCACUGUAGUUGCUGUGAAGCAGCUUUCUUCAUAUUCAAGGCAAGGAAAUCGUGAAUUCUUAAAUGAGAUUGGUGUGAUAUCGUGUUUACAGCACCCAAAUCUUGUGAAACUUCAUGGAUGCUGUAUAGAAGAAGAUCAAUUGUUGCUUGUAUACGAGUACAUGGAAAACAAUAACCUUGCAAAUGCACUCUUUGAUGGGAAUGAAAGUGAAUUGAAGUUGGAUUGGGCGACAAGGUUUAAAAUUUGUGUUGGGAUCGCUGAAGGUUUGGCUUUUCUUCAUGAAGAAUCAAGGCUUAAAAUUGUACAUAGAGAUAUCAAAGCUACUAAUGUCCUGCUUGAUAAAGAUCUCAAUCCAAAAAUAUCAGACUUUGGAUUGGCUAGGUUACACGAGGAUGACAAGACUCAUGUCAGCACACGCGUUGCUGGAACAAUAGGAUACAUGGCACCAGAAUACGCACUUUGGGGUCACUUGAGUCACAAGGCAGACGUAUAUAGCUUUGGCGUUUUGGCUUUGGAAAUCGUGAGUGGAAAGAGCAACAACAAAUACAUACCAAACAACGAUAGUGUCUGUCUUUUAGAUUGGGCUUGUCGUUUGCAAACUAAAAAACAGUGUGAGGAGCUAUUUGAUGAGAGGCUAGGGUCUAAGAUCAACAAAGAAGAAGCAGAAACCGUUGUUAAAGUGGCAAUCUUGUGCACAAAUGGAUCUCCUUCACAGAGGCCUACUAUGUCCGAGGUUGUCAGUAUGCUUCAAGGUAGAAUACCCGUUCCUGAUGUCACCCCCCGAGAAUUAGGUCCUCAUUUCGAAGAUUUGAGAUUCCAAACGAUGAGGGGGAGCUUUGAAGAAAACAGUAAAAAUCAAUAUUCUGCUUCAUCUUCAAAUGAUCCAUAUGAAGUCGGUUCUGUUGACACAAGAUCAUAUUAAUCAUCUUGAUUAAAUAGCCGGCAUCUGAUAGGAAUAUAGCUUAUUCUGCAUAUAGUUUUUGUAUGCGUUUUAUGUUUUUUGGUCCAAUGUUUUGCAUAGAAUAAUAGCUUCUCUCUAAGUGUUUGGAUCACCCCGGUUUGUAAGCUUGUAAAAACAGGAUUAGGGACAUUUUUAUCGUAUUCUUGUUUUGCAAAAGAACA